AUGGCGGCGGCGGCCGCACGCCGGUUCAGCACGAUAGUAAACACCAUCACUGCUUGUCAAAACGGUGCAGGUGUUUAUCUGUGCACAGCCCAAUCGUCCAAAUGGAAAAUCUCUAUGCGACGGGUUGUGACAGGGCUGUGCAUCGCUGUAGGAGGAAUAACUGUGUAUCAGCAUUGCCCCGUGAAAGGAGUCGACACAAGGAGGAUGAGACGCGCAAUCCCGGUUGUGUUUGCUCGAGAAAAGACCAGGAUAUCUGCUGAUGAUGAAGACAUGGCAAUGUCAGCCCAUGAGCAGAGGUUCCGGUUGUUUAGUUCAGUGGAGUACGAAGGGCAGCUUUACAUGACACCACUGGAUUUCAUCGAGUCAGUUACCAUGAGUGAGCCAAAGAAAAAAAAGUUUUGGCGAGCCCUGACAAAACAGGAUUUGGAUAAGAUUCUCUCUGAUACACCUCCUGUUUGGAAAGGCUCAUCCAGGCUUUUCCGGAACUUGAAUGAAAAAGGAAUCAUCUCAUAUACAGAGUAUCUGUUUCUUCUUUGCAUUUUGACAAAGCCUCAGGCAGGAUUUAGGAUAGCUUUCAACAUGUUUGAUGCAGAUGGGAAUGAAAUGGUGGAUAAAAGGGAGUUUAUGGUGCUAGAGGAAAUAUUUCGUAAGAAAAAUGACAAAAAGGACCGAGGUGGUGAGACUGACAGCUCAUCACAACUGAAUGUGGAACUGUACGGAUAUCAAGGUUCCGUCAGCCAUGCUGUUAUUAAAAAAGAAGUACAAGAGUUUGAACCGAGAAGCUUCUGGGAUGUGCUGAAGCAUGGUGCAAGAAUAGUUCUCUUUUCAGAUCUGGUGGAGCAUGUCCAAGAGAGCAUUGCUGACACAACUCUGUUGGUGCAUUUCUUUGGAAAAAAGGGAAAAACUGAUCUGAACUUUGACGACUUUUACAGAUUCAUGGACAACCUGCAGACAGAAGUACUUGAGAUUGAGUUCCUUGCCUAUUCUAAAGGCAUGACCACCAUCAGUGAGGAGGACUUUGCCCGGAUCCUUCUGCGCUACACCACUGUGGACAACAUCAGCAGCUACCUGGAGAAUGUGCAUCAGAGCAUACCUGAUGAGAAGGGAAUCACUUUUGAGGAAUUCAGGUCAUUCUUUCAGUUCCUCAAUAACUUAGAAGAUUUUGCCAUUGCAAUGCAAAUGUACAACUAUGCAAGUCGACCCAUUGGACAAGAUGAGUUUGCACGUGCAGUCUACGUUGCCACAGGCUUAAAACUCUCCCAACACCUUGUGAACACUGUCUUCAAGAUUUUUGAUGUGGACCACGAUGACCAACUUAGCUACAAGGAGUUCAUUGGAAUCAUGAAGGACCGCCUGCAUCGAGGCUCCUGGGGAUAUCGAGGAGAUGAGAAGUUCACGUCCUUUAAGGCCUGUAUGAAGAAAGAGCUGGCUGGAAAAUAG